UCCUUUUCACUCAUUUCAUCAAUAACCUAUCGAGUUUACCACUAUUCCGGCCAUGUCUGUGUUUUUCAAAGCAACUUUAAGCUGAAGUAAAGUGGUGACUUUUGUUUACUUUGGCUUGAAGGCGACAUUUUGCGUUUACAGUUAACAUCAGCCCUGAGAACCAAGAUGCAGGUAGAUGAGCCGGUGCUUUUGCCGAGGUUGUCCCGUGUCGCAGUUUGUGGCGGCACGCAUGGCAACGAGCUCUCAGGAGUGUACUUGGUGCGAGAGAUGCUGAAGGCGGAGAGAAGAAAGGAGGACGGGGAGCCCGCGUCAGUGCUGAUGGUGCUGUCCAACCCUCGGGCCAUGCAGCAGUGCAGCAGAUAUGUUGACACUGACCUGAACCGCUGCUUCACCCACGCGACCCUCAAUGGCCCCAUAUCAGAGGGGGCCCCCUAUGAGAUCUUCAGGGCCCGGGAACUGAAUGCCCUGCUGGGUCCCAAAGGCAGCCGGGCGGCAGUGGAUCUCAUCUGUGACCUUCACAACACCACCGCCAACAUGGGCCUGUGCUUCAUCGCUUAUUCUGACUGUGACUGGAUCUGCCUUCACAUAUUUAGAUACUUGCAGAAGCUGAUGCCGGAUACGCCGAUGAGAUUCAUCCAUUUUGAUGUCUCCACUAAAGAGUCAUAUUCCCUCGAUUCCAUUGGAAAACACGGCUUUGCCAUGGAGAUUGGUCCUCAGCCUCAUGGAUGUGUCAAGUCAAACAUUUACACAGCAAUGAAAGAAGGCGUGCAGCACAUGCGGGAUUGGGUCAGCUGCUUUAACUCAGGCUGUGUGUUUGAGGGAGGACCAGUCGACGUGUUCACCAUGGUUAAAAACGUAGAUUAUCCCAGAGACAGCGAGACUUUCAACAUUACGGCAGCCAUCCAUCCACGCCUGCAGAGCCGAGACUUUUGCCUGCUCCACCCUGGAGAGCCCCUCUUCCAGGCGUUCUCAGGAGAAACAAUAAAAUACAAGGGCAACGAGCCGCUCUACGCUUUCUUCAUCAACGAAUGCGCUUACUACGAGAAAGGCAUCGCGCUGUCCCUGGCCAGAAAGAAGCGUGUGACCGUCCCGUCUAUCCGUGUGCAAACGGAUGAGGAAGAACGAGCGAGUGAGCAGAGCUUUGCAUCAGAGGAAGAGGAGUGA